UUAUCAUGUUCUUUUAGAGAGCGACGAAUUUGUGCAACUUUCUAUUCAAUUAAGCCAGCCAGAGAUAGAAGCAGAUCUGGUCCAGAGAUUUGCCCAGAGAUUGGAUAACACAAUGGCGGAAAUGAUGGAGGACUUGAGUGUGGAGAGUUCAGAUCAUCAUCUGAGCUCGGGAUGCAUCAUCCUUGGCAUGAAAGUCAUUGGGUUGAAUUCCCUGAAAAAUUUAUUGCUGACAAAACGAAGCGGAGAGUUGGAGGCACGUCUAACAAAGUUUCUUUUAACCCCAGAAAUCACCAAAGGAAAGGACGUUUCUCUCAAAGUCGAGAUACAAAAUGAGGAAAGACUGCAAAUAUUGAUAGAUCUGAAGGACUCACUUUAUGUUAAGGAGGCGUCCGAAGCAACUAGUAGCCAGAGUGUGCGAUUUGCCUACUGUGCAGAGAGACGAAAGUGGUUUUGGACCCCGAACGACAAAAAUCACAUUUGGAUGGAAGUAAGCCACGAGAGCGUCCAAAGUGGUUCUCGUAAAGGAGAGAUACCAGAGGAGAAAUACCUGAAGGUCAUACGAUUUCUACGAACAGAAAAACCCAUACUGGAGCGCCGUAAUACUGACUGCAACAUAUGUGCGUAA